AUGCGCAGGUGGCAGAGACCAUCGCAGCAUCCCAGCCCGUUCGUUGGUGCUCUUCUUCUCGCAACUCUGUUAUUCGUGCUGAACUCUGUCCUCUUUCUUCCGGUACUAUCACCCAGCGUUUCCCCAAGAAGUCGAUCACUGGGGCCAGCCAUUGCCUUCGUUUCUUCUAGUGAUCCGAAAAAGAGUGCCCUUUGCGAGAGAACUUGGUUGAAGCGGUUGAGCAGUUACGUCAUUUUUACUUCGCUCAAAAGCAGUGCGAGUAGCGCCCAUCAAGUUCAUCUUCCGCACAGUCCAGGCUCGCUUUGGUCUUCAUUCAGUUCGAAAGCUCUAUUUGCGGAGCUGUACCUGCCUCAUCAUUAUUCGUGGUACCUCAUUGCGUCCGACGAUACCUACGUGCUUGUGGAAGACCUCAUGCAGGACCUAGCCGCUUUCGACUCCGAUGAACCUUAUCUCGCUGUGAUCGGGCCAAGCAGUAUGCAUGAGAAUUAUUCGAAUAAGCCGCACUCUCUGGUAGUUAUCUCCAGAGGUGCCAUGACAACAUUGUGGGACAAUAUCCACAGCGGACGUGACGGAUGUGGAGUGACAAGUUCACCUGAUUUAUGUCUCAGUAAUAUAGUUUACCUCAACCUCAAGGAGGACGCUCACGAACGCUCAAGGUUUCUUCUACUACAACGGCAUUUCUCGAUGUUCGAAAUGCGCGACUAUGCACGACGAAAUGGGAACUACAAUGACGGAGCGCAGACAUUCACUCUCAUCAGUGGUUCCCUUAUCAGCGCACACAAUCUCACCGUCCAAGAUUUCCGAGUACUCGAUCUUCUCCUCAACAGAGUCCAACUUUGGCCAAAGUCGUAA